CUCGGUUCGCGGUGCGGCGGCGGCAGCUCGGAGGUUGGAAAAGGAGUUGUCGUGUUCGCAGCGGGCGAGAGGAAGCUGAGCCUGCAGAAAUGACCGAUUCCUCUGUGACAAAGCUGUCCUCUACCCUGCUGGACGCCAUCACCGACAAGGACCCUGCAGUGCAGGAGCAAGUCUGCCGUGCUCUGUGCUCCCUCGGGGAGGCGCAGCCGAGGGAGACGCUCUGCGCCUGUGAGAAGUACCUGCGGCAGCAUGACAAGCUGGCACAUCCAUACCGAGCAAUGGUCCUGAGGGCUAUGGAGGCGAUCCUGAGCAGUUGCCCCAGCGAGCUGGACAAGGACACAGCCAGCAUCGUCAUCCUCCUGGCAUCCAACGAGAUGACCAGGACUAAGGAAUUGGUCUGUGACUGGCAGCAGGCAGCGAGCCACGUCCUCGUGGCCGUGGGGAAGCGCUACGUCAACCAGGUGAUGGAGGAGGUGCUGAGCAAGCUCCAGCCCGGCGUUGUGCCCCACUGCUUUGUGGUGCGGACGCUCGCUGACCUCUCGCUUUCCAAUGCCUUCGGCACAGUCCCCUUCCUGCCGUCCAUCCUGAGCACCAUGCUGCCCAUGCUGGGCAUGGCCAAGCACGACACGAUGAGGGUGGCGUUUUGCUGCGCCCUGCAGCACUUCAGCGAGAGCACCCUGGAGUAUCUGGCCAACUUGGACCAAGCCCCAGACCCCACGGUCAGGAAGGACGCCUUUGCUGCUGACAUCUUCAGCGCCUACGAUAUUCUCUUCCACCAGUGGCUGCAGAGCCGAGAAGCCAAGCUCCGGCUUGCCGUGGUGGAGGCUCUAGGGCCUAUGAGCCACCUGCUGCCUGGUGAGAAGCUGGAAGAGCAGCUCCCCAAGCUCCUCCCUGGAGUCCUCGCCCUCUACAAGAAGCACGCAGAGGCCUUCCACGUGUCCAAGAGCCUGGGCCAGAUCCUCGAGGCAGCUGUGAGCGUGGGCAGCCGCACACUGGAGGUCCAGCUCGAUGCCCUGCUGGCCGCUCUGCAUGCCCAGAUUUGCGUGCCCGUGGAGUCCUCGAGUCCCCUCGUGAUGAGCAACCAGAAGGAGGUGCUUCGCUGCUUCACGGUGCUGGCCUGCUGCUCACCUGACCGCCUGCUGGCCUUCCUGCUGCCCAGGCUGGACACCAGCAACGAGAGGCUCCGCGUGGGCACCCUGCAGAUCGUGAGGCAUGUCAUCAACUCAGCCGCUGCUCAGAUGGAAGUGAAGAAGCCCUUUCUUCUCUCCUCCAUGAGGCUUCCCCUUCUGGACACCAACCACAAGGUGAAGCGGGCUGUGGUGCAGGUGAUCAGUGCCAUGGCUCACCAUGGCUACCUGGAGCAGCCCGGAGGCGAGGCGAUGAUCGCGUACAUCGUGCAGCAGUGCGCACUGCCCCCGGAGCAGGAGCCUGAGAAGCCGGGCCCCGACAGCGAGGACCUCGUGGCUGACAGCGUGCGUGCCAUCAGCAUCCGCACCCUCUACCUGGUCAGCACUACCGUGGACAGGAUGAGCGACGUCCUCUGGCCGUACCUGCUCGAGUUCAUCACCCCCGUGCGCUUCACUGGGGCCCUGACUCCACUCUGCAAGAGCCUUGCCCACCUGGCACUGAAGAGGCAGGAGGCAGGGGCCGACGCCUUCCUAAUCCAGUACGACGCCCACGUGAACCUGCCUUCUCCCUAUGCUGUGGCCACAAGGCUUCUGGUUGUGUCUUCCAGCCCCUACCUGGGGGACAGCCGCGGGAUGGCCGCGCUGCGCCUCCUGAACGUCUUGCAUCGUAACAUCCACCCUUUGCUGGGUCAGCGCUGGGAGACAGCCAUCCCCCUGCUGCUGGAGUACCUGGAUGAAUGUACGGAGGAAACCCUGUCACAGAAAGAGUGGGAGGAAAAGCUGCUGAUGUUCCUGCGGGACAGUCUGGCUGCCGUGUCUGACAACAUAUGGAUCUGCCAGCUGAGUCGGGAGAUGUGCAAGCAGCUGCCCUGCUACAAUGGGACGCCCCAGGAGAAGAACUUCCUGUAUAAAUGCAUAGGAACCACCCUGGGUGCUGCUUCCAGUAAGGAGGUGGUGAGGAAACAUCUUCGAGAGCUGCUGGAAACAGCCAGAUACCAGGAGGAGGCAGAGCACGAGGGCCUUGCCUGUUGCUUUGGGAUCUGUGCCAUCUCCCACCUUGAGGACACCCUGGCCCAGCUGGAGGACUUUGUGAAGUCGGAUGUGUUUAGAAAAUCCAUGGGCAUUUUCAACAUCUUUAAGGACCGAGGUGAGAGCGAGGUGGAGAGAGCAAAGAGCGCGCUGAUCCUGUGUUACGGGCAUGUGGCCGUGCGGGCGCCCCGCGAGCUGGUGCUGGCCAAGGUCGAGGCCGACAUCCUGCGGAACAUGCUCCAGUGCUUCAACACGAAGGUUCUGGGAAUAAAGGUAGAGACCAAGGACCCGGCCCUGAAGCUGUGCCUUGUCCAAAGCAUGUGCAUGGUCAGCCAGGCCAUCUGCAGCAGCACCCAAGCUGGUGCCUUCCACUUCUCAAGGAAGCCGGAACUGGUGGCACAGAUGAUGGAGUUCAUCAGGGCCGAGCCCCCAGACUCCCUGAGGACGCCCAUCAGGAAGAAAGCCAUGCUCACCUGCACUUACCUGGUCUCCCUGGAGCCGGUGCUGGAGGAGCAGGUCCAGGCAGACAUGGUCCAGGGCUGCCUGCACAGCAUCAUGGCCCUGCCGCCUGAGGACAGAGAGGAGGGCUGCCAGGAGGCCCUAUAUCUUGACACAAUGCGUGCCCUUGAAGAUUUGCUCAGGAGCCUCCUGCAGCGCAGCAUGACCCCCCAGAGCCUGCAGGUCAUGGUUGAGCACCUGAGCCCGUGGAUCAAGUCUCCGAGGGGCCACGAGCGGGCACGGGCGCUUGGCCUUAGCGCCUGCCUGCUGCGCUUCUUCUUGGAGCACCUGCACGUCAGCGCCCUGGUGCCCUUCCACAACCUGGGCCUCCUCGUCGGCCUUUUUGCUCCCCGGUGUGCGGACCUGUGGCCUGCCACCCGCCAGGAGGCCGUGGGCUGUGUCCACUCCCUGCUCUACCUCCAGCUGGGCUACGAGGGCUUCUCCCGAGACUACCACGAUGACAUGGCCGAGCAGCUCCUCACCCUCAAAGAUGGCCUCGAGCACCCUGACCCAGCCAUCCUCUUCCACGCCUGCCAUAGCAUAGCCCAGAUCAUCGCUAAGCGCCUCCCACCAGACCAACUCAUCAGCCUCUUACUAACCAUGUUCGAAGGCCUGGGGGACCCUGACGAGAACUGCUCCCGAGCCGCCACCGUCAUGAUCAACUGUCUGCUGAAGGAGCGGGGCGGCGUGCUCCUGGAGAAGGUGCCGGAGAUCGUGAGUGUGCUGCGCUCCAAGCUGCAGGAGACCCGCAGGGAGCAUGUCCUGCCGGCCGCCCAGCACAGCGUGUACCUCCUGGCGUCCAAGCACUGUGCAGCCGUUGUGUCCAGCCUCCUGGGCAGCCCCCUGCCCUUUGACAGCCACACCUGCACCCUGUGGCGAGCACUGGCCGUGCAGCCCGGCCUCGCUGCCCAGGUCCUGGAGCUGCUCCUGGAGAAGAUGACCAGAGACGUUCCGUUCAAGGAGAGCCGAGCCUUCCUGCCGGGCAGCACUCCUGACCGGGUGGCCACACUGCUGCCCCUCGCCGCCACCUGUGCACUGCACGAGGUUGUGUCUGCUCCAGCGUCAGGGCCCGCGGUGCUUGAGCUCUACCCACAGCUGUUUGCGGCGCUCCUGCUGCGUGUCAGCUGCACCGUGGGCGUCCAGCUGCCCCGGAACCUGCAGGCCAAGGAGAGGAGGAGCACCAGGAGCUUCGAGCCCUGCAGCGCUGCCGUGGAAACCCUGAAGGCCCUGCUGCUCCGAGGUGGCAGUGAGGACGUGGUGCAGCGCAUGGAGCAGGAGGGAGGCUGGGAGCUGCUCAAGACCUCAGCAGAGCACGAGGAGGGGGUCAUCCUGCUGGCCAGUGCCAUGGCCAAGUCUGCAGGCCCCCGGCUCCCCACAGUGGUGAAGGAACUCAUGUGCACGCAGGCCAGUGUGUAUGAGAUCCAGAGGGUCACCUCCACUGCCUUCCUGGCUGAGCUACUCAACAGCAACGUGGUCAAUGACCUGAUGCUCCUGGAGCUGCUGCUGGACAACCUGACAGCCCAGCAGAAGGACUCCUGCACCAGCGUACGGCGACUGGUGCUCCGUGGUCUGGCCAAUGUGGCCUCUGGCUCCCCUGACAAGGUACGGUCCCAUGGCCCCCAGCUCCUGACAGCCCUGAUCAGCGGGCUGGACGACGGGGAUGCUCCACACAGCCCGGUGGCCCUGGAGGCCAUGGCGGGCCUGGCACGGCUGCUAGACCUGGUGGAGCCCUGGGACCUGCGCUCGGUGCUGCUGCACGUUGCCAUCCGCAUCCGGCCCUUCUUUGACAGCGAGAAGAUGGAGUUCCGGACAGCGUCUGUGCGCCUCUUUGGGCACCUCAACAAGGCCUGUCACAGGGACUGUGAAGACGUCUUCCUAGAGCAGGUGGUGGGCGGGCUGGCACCCCUGCUGCUGCACCUGCAGGACCCUCAGGCACCUGUGGCCAGCGCCUGUAGGUUUGCCCUGCGCAUGUGUGGCCCCAACCUGGAGUGUGAGGAGCUGGCGGCCACCUUCCAGAAGCACCUGCAGGAGGGCAGGGGCCUGCACUUCGGAGAGUUCCUCAAUGCCACCUGCAGGCACCUGAUGCACCACUUCCCUGAGCUGCUGGGCCGCUUGGUGAGCACCAACCUGUUCUACUUCAAGAGCAGCUGGGAAGACAUCCGUAUAGCCGCCGCCAUGUUCACCGGGUUCCUGCUGCUGCACGCUGAGUACGCGCACAGACCCCAGGUGGACCUGGAGCAGCUCCUUGCAGCGCUCCAGCUCCUGCUGAAGGAUCCAGCCCCUGCGGUGCGGAUGAAGGCUGCCGAGACUUUGGGCCGCCUGGCAAAAUUUGCCUAAGGCUCCGACCAGUGAACCCCUGCAAGCAAUACCCACCCAGGUCUGAGCCUGCCCAGGGACAGGCUCUCCUGAGGACCCAUGGCCUGGGAUCAAACCACCGCCCUCUGUGAGGAAGGUGCUGGAGGCCCCAUGGGAUGGGGGUGGAUCACUGUGCCCCCACAUAUUCUCCAAUAAAA